AUGGAUAUAACUACAAUACUGAACAGAAAGGCCUCUGUCUCCGUCGUCGCAGCUGACGUCCACAGGCUCCAGCAGCACAUCGUCCACGCCCAGGCCCAGACAGACGAUGUCCUAAAGUCCAGGUCCCCCUCGGAGAUGGGCUCAGAGCACCACCGAUCCGCCUCCGCGCCCCCGAGCGAACAUCACCACCACCACCAUCACCACCAGCCGACCUCGAGUUUCCCUUCUUCAACCCAGUCGCUGCCUCAGAUGGCUCACCUCGCCCAGUACCAUGUUCAGGCCCAGGCGAACCACAGCAGCCCCAAUCCUGGCUAUGCUCACAGCGCGCACGGCUCAGACUACGGCAGGAGUAGCGGAGGCAACAUGAGACCUACUGGUCUGCCGGCCUUGAAGACCUUCCACUGCCAGACCUGCAGCAAAGGGUUCGCCAGACGAAGCGACCUCGCCAGACACGAGCGCAUUCAUAGUGGAAUUCGACCGCAUGCGUGCGACUGGCCCGGCUGCGGUAAACAGUUCAUCCAGCGCUCUGCCCUGACCGUCCACACCCGCGUCCACACCGGCGAAAAGCCACACAUGUGCGACCGCUGCGGCAAGCCCUUCAGCGACUCUAGCUCCCUCGCCAGACACCGCAGAAUCCACUCCGGCAAGAGACCCUACAAGUGUCCCUACGCCAACUGCCAGAAGACCUUCACCCGCCGCACCACCCUCACCCGCCACCAGAACCACCACACCGGCACCAUCGAAGAAGCCGCCGCAGAGACAGAAGCAAACCUCCGCCACAGCAAAGACCGCACCACCACCACCAGACCCUCGGACUACUCCGAGCCCGGCUCUGCUCACUCUACUCCUUCUCCGGCCCAGCGACCUUCUCUCUCGCCCGGCAACGAACUCCCGCCGCUCAACCUCUCCCGCCCGUCGGCCGGGCCUACUUCCUCAGGCGGAGCAGACUACUACACCUCCCUCCCGCCCCAUCUCCGAACAGACUUUGCAAACUCCAGUCCUCGCGCCUCUCCCACCUCCCCUUCGCCAACUCUCACCAGCCUCUCCGGUCCCGCCUCGUUCCACCACCACAACCACAACAGGCCGUCCCUGACCUCCCACCCGUCAGGCUACGCUCCCCCUCAACCCCUCGAACCACCGGCAAACAGUGAUCCUCGACCAAACAGCGUCGCGGGCAGUCCUCAUCUGUCGUCUGUCGGCUGGGCAUCCCCUACUCUGAGCAGCAUGCCCUCUCCCAGCUCGGCCUCAGCACCGGAAUACUCCUACCCGGAGCCCGCCAGCCAUCAGUAUCCCGGCGGUAUAACGCCUCACAUGUUCUUCCCGCGAAGACCUCAGUCGUCCGAGCCAGAGAAUUACGAGAUGAAACCUAAGCUUGAGCUCUAA